AUGACUGCAGAAUCCAAGUUAGGAGACAACACAAUAUGGCACAAGUUUACAAGGUAUAUCCCAGAAUGUUUUGUCGACGACUACUCUAAACUGGAGAAAGGAUUGAAGGAAUUUUUCCCUGGUGGAAUUGAUAUCACAUUUGAGAAGGAAACCCAAGAUCAUACAGCACAUUACAAAGUUAUCGGGCUUAGAGACAGUCCCGACAAUAUAAACCUGCAAAAAUAUCUCAUGGACGGUGAAUAUGUUUUACGGGAUUGA